AGCCAGAGUUGCAGUGGAUGUAAAUGAGUUAAGUUGUGCAAUCUGUCUAGAUCUACUAAAGGAUCCAGUAACUAUUCCCUGUGGACACAGUUACUGUAUGAGCUGCACAAAGAGCUGCUGGGAUCAGGAAGAUCAUGUUGGAGUUUACAGCUGCCCCCAGUGCAGACAGACCUUCAUACCCAGACCUGUUCUGGGCAGAAACACCAUGCUGGCUGAAGUGGUGGAGAAACUGAAGAAGACUGGACUACAAGCAGCUGCUCCUGCUGACCAGUAUGCUGGACCUGGAGAUGUGGAGUGUGACGUCUGUACUGGGAGAAAACACAAAGCUGUCAAGUCCUGCCUGGUGUGUCUGGCCUCUUACUGUGAAACUGACCUGCAGCUUCACAACAAACUCCACCAUGCAAAACAGCACAAGCUCAUUGAUGCCAUCGGCCAUCUGAAGGACAAGGUCUGUUCCCACCAUGACAAACCCCUGGAGGUCUACUGCCGUACCGACCAGCAGUGUAUCUGUUAUCUCUGUACGAUGGAUGAACACAGAGGCCAUGAUACAGUCUCAGCUGCUACAGGAAGGGCGGAGAUACAGAAACAAAUGGGUGAAAUACAGAGGGAAUUUCAGCAGAGAAUUCAGAUGAGAGAGAAGGAGCUGCAGGAGCUGAGAGAGGCUGUGGCCUCAAUCACUAGCUCAGCACAGUCAGCAGUGGAGGACAGCGAGAGGAUCUUCACUGAGAUGAUCCGCUCCAUUGAGAGAAGACGCUCUGAGGUGACAAAGCUGAUCAGAGAUCAGGAGAAGGCUGCAGUGAGUCAGGCUGAAGGAGACAUGGACAGACUGAAGCAGGAGAUCGAUGAACUGAAGAGGAGACACUCUGAGCUGGAGCAGCUUUCACACACAGAAGAUCACAUCCAUUUCCUCCAGAGGCGCCAGGCUCUUCCUGUCACUCCUGAAGCUGGAUUUGGACCCAGAAUCUCUGUCAGUCCCAGAUCUGAUUUUGGGAAUUUGAGGAAGGCGGUUUCUGAACUGAAAGAUCAACUGGAGAAUUUUUGCAGAAUGAAAAUGGCAGAGAUCCAUCACCAGUUACCAAAGACACCGUCCUACCAGUAUUAGUGCCCAGGACCAGAGCAGAAUUCUUACACUACUCCUGCCAGCUGACGCUGGACCCCAACACAGCAAACAGCCGCCUGUCUCUGUCAGGGGGGAACAGGAAGGUGACAGGGGGGGCAGAGCAGCCAUAUCCUGAUCAUCCAGAGAGAUUUGACAGCUGGAGCCAAGUUCUGUGCAGAGAGAGUCUGACUGGCCGCUGUUACUGGGAGGCUGAGUGGGAUGGAGAUGCUGCCUGCAUAGGAGUGACUUAUAAAGGGAUCGAGAGGAAAGGAGGGAGUGACUGUGGGCUUGGAGCCAAUAACAAGUCAUGGAUGCUGUGCUGCUCUCCUCACAGACACUCUGUCUGUCACAAUAAUAAACAGACUCUCAUACCCAUAAAGCCCACAGGCUCCCGCAGAGUAGGAGUGUAUCUGGACUGGGGGGCUGGUGCUCUGUCCUUCUACAGAGUCUCCUCUGAUGGACUGACCCCC